CCCUGCUCGCCACCAAUUUGUGGCAAACACUUCCUGCCCAGGGAUCUCCAGCCCCAUAAAUACCAGCCAGUCUAGGAGGGGCAGCCCAGCCCUGGCAGGCCAGGAAGCCCAGACCCCCAUCAGCAGGCAGCUGCCCUGCCCGGCUUGGACUCGUCAGACCUCAGGGAGCUCACCACCACUAUCCUGGCUCUGAGCACUGGGCUCUACAUCUGUGCUGGAGUCGCCUCAGCAGGUCCGCCCACCAGGUCCUUCACCGCAUACCAGAAUGUGCUCGUUGCCUGUGCCUCGAGAGCCUCUGCGCCGCGUGGCAGUGACCGGGGGCACCCACGGCAAUGAGAUGUCUGGCGUCUGCCUGGCCCAGCACUGGCUGCGGGCCCCGGGGGAGCUGCAGAGACCCAGCUUCUCUGCCAUGCCUGUGCUGGCCAACCCGGCGGCCACAGCCGCCUGCCGUCGCUACAUGGACCGUGACCUCAAUCGCACCUUCACCAACACCUUCCUCACUGCCAGGGCCCACCCAGAUGACCCAUACGAGGUGACAAGGGCCCGAGAGCUGAACCAGCUGCUGGGGCCUAUGGCCUCAGGCGGGGCCUUUGAUUUUGUCCUCGACCUGCACAACACCACAGCCAACAUGGGCACCUGCCUCAUCGUGGACACCGCCCACAAUGUCUUUGCGAUGCACCUGUACCGCCACCUACAGAUGCUGAGCCCGGAGCUGCCCUGCCGGGUCAUCCUAUACAAGCUGCCCAAGGAGGAGAGUGGUAGCCUGAAUUCAGUGGCCAAGAACGGAAUGGCCCUGGAGCUGGGUCCCCAGCCUCAGGGCGUGCUGCGGGCUGACCUUUUCACCAGGAUGAGGGCCUUGGUGGCUGCAGCUCUGGACUUCAUCCAGCUCUUCAACCAAGGCACAGCCUUUCCUGCCUUUGAGAUGGAAGCAUAUCGAGUCCUUAGGGGCAUGGACUUCCCACGCACGGAGGCGGGGGACCUGGCAGGCACGGUGCAUCCUCAGCUGCAGGACCGAGACUUCGAGCCGCUGAGGCCUGGUGCACCCAUCUUCCAGAUGUUCAGUGGUGAGGACGUGCUCUAUGAGGGGGAGUCCACCGUGUACCCCGUAUUCAUCAACGAGGCUGGCUACUACGACAAGGGCAUUGCCUUCUUGCAGACUGAGAAGCUCACGUUCUCCGUGCCCGCCCUGUCCAUGCUGGCCCCCGCCCCCACCCCGGGUCCCUAACCCAGGCCACCCCAGCCUCGGCCUGAGGCACAAUGCCCAGCUCAGGGGUCCCUUUGCCACCUGAUAUAUACCAUGAUCCUUUUCAUACCCGCCACCUUCAUGCCUCAGUUUCCUAUUCUAUAAAGUGGAAGAUGUCUAGGGGUUCA